CGUUGCAUCAGAAUCGUAACUUCCGGUGAAAUGUCAUCAGCCCUUUACCGGCACCGCGACUCUCUGCCGAGCAUAUAAACCGGACCUACGGAAAGUUAUCUCUGAAAGUGAGGUAGCUUCUCACUUUGUCAUGGCUGAACAGACUGUCGUGGAGAAAAUGAGCGAGCUGCAAGUGGACGCUGGAAAAAAGGGAGGAGCUGAAGGUGGUAAGGAUGGAGGAAAGAAGAAGGCUAAAAACGCUGCUGGGGACUCUGGAGGCAGGUCUGAGCUGUCGCCGCCACCUGAGUACAUCGAUGAGCGUCUUGCUUUGUACACAAAGCUGAAAGCUGAGCAUGAUGCCCUGAUGGCAGAGAGGGCGGCGAAAGAUAGCCGAGCCAUCAAGGUGACCCUGCCCGAUGGAAAGGUGGUGGAUGCUGAAUCCUGGAAGACCACACCAUACCAGGUGGCCUGUGGAAUCAGUCAAGGCCUCGCUGACAACACAGUGAUUGCUAAAGUGAACAACAGUGUGUGGGACCUGGACAGACCUUUGGAGGAUGACUGCAGUCUUCAGUUGCUCAAGUUCGAUGAUGAGGAAGCUCAAGCUGUUUACUGGCACUCCAGUGCUCAUAUCUUGGGUGAAGCCAUGGAGCGAGUGUAUGGAGGGUGUCUCUGCUACGGUCCCCCCAUUGAGAGCGGCUUCUACUACGACAUGUUCCUAGAGAACAAUGAGGGCGUAUCAAGCAAUGACUUCCCAUGUCUGGAGAACUUGUGCAAGAAAAUUAUGAAGGAGAAGCAGCCAUUCGAGAGGCUGGAGAUAAAGAAGGAAACUCUGUUGGAAAUGUUCAAGUACAACACGUUCAAGUGUCGCAUUCUGAAUGAGAAGGUUACCACUCCCACUACCACAGUUUACAGGUGUGGUCCCUUAAUCGACUUGUGUCGGGGGCCCCACGUGAGGCAUACUGGGAAAAUCAAGGCACUUAAGGUCCACAAGAAUUCAUCUACAUACUGGGAGGGAAAGGCGGACAUGGAAACUCUCCAGAGGAUCUAUGGAAUCUCCUUCCCUGACCCCAAAAUGCUCAAAGAGUGGGAGAAGUUUCAGGAGGAAGCCAAGAACAGAGAUCACCGCAAACUAGGCCGGGAACAAGACCUGUUCUUCUUCCAUGAUCUAAGUCCAGGGAGCUGCUUCUUCAUGCCUAAGGGAGCCUUCAUCUACAACACCCUGAUUGAGUUCAUCCGAAGCGAGUACAGGAAGAGGGGUUUCCAGGAGGUGGUGUCACCCAACAUCUACAACAGUAAGCUGUGGCAGACCUCUGGACACUGGCAGCACUACAGCGAGAACAUGUUCUCCUUCGAGGUGGAGAAGGAGACCUUCGCCCUCAAACCAAUGAACUGCCCGGGACACUGCUUGAUGUUUGAUCACCGACCACGCUCCUGGAGAGAGCUGCCCAUUCGCAUGGCAGACUUUGGCGUUCUGCACAGGAACGAGCUGUCAGGAGCCCUGACAGGCCUCACUCGUGUCCGCCGCUUCCAGCAGGAUGAUGCUCAUAUCUUCUGCACCAUGGACCAGAUUGAGGGAGAGAUCAAAGGCUGCCUGGACUUCCUGCGAACUGUGUAUGACGUGUUUGGCUUCACUUUCAAACUCAACCUGUCCACAAGACCAGAGAAAUUCCUGGGAGACCCAGAGGUCUGGGAUCAAGCAGAAAAGCAACUGGAGAACAGCUUGAAUGAGUUUGGGGAGAAAUGGGUUCUCAACCCCGGUGAUGGAGCGUUUUAUGGACCAAAGAUCGACAUUCAGAUCAAGGAUGCCAUUGGCCGGUACCAUCAGUGUGCCACAAUCCAGCUUGAUUUCCAGCUCCCGAUCCGUUUUAAUCUCACCUUUGUCAGCCAUGAUGGUGACGACAAGAAGAGACCAGUGAUCAUCCACAGAGCUAUCCUGGGAUCAGUAGAGAGGAUGAUCGCUAUUCUGACAGAAAACUACGGAGGAAAAUGGCCACUGUGGCUCUCUCCAAAUCAAGUGAUGGUUGUACCUGUGGGACCGACCUGUGAGGAGUACGCUGAGAAGGUCAAGCAGGAAUUCCACAACAACGGCUUCAUGACUGACGUGGAUCUUGACCCUGGCUGCACCCUGAACAAAAAGAUCAGAAACGCACAGUUGGCGCAGUACAACUUCAUCCUGGUGGUGGGAGAGAAGGAGAAGACAAGCAACACUGUGAAUGUACGCACCCGUGAUAACAAAGUCCACGGCGAGCGCACUGUGGAGGAGUGCAUCGAGCGUCUGAAACAGCUGAAGACCACCAGGAGCCGAAACGCAGAAGAAGACUUCUGAACUCUGUCAAACCCGCUGCUAUCAGCUCGUUAUACCUCGAGUUUGAUAUCUUUAAAGGGCCAUGUGGUUGAAAUCAGUUUUUGGAUGAGGAAUAAAACUACUGGUGCCUAAUCUCUGCUUUUUGUCCGUUGGAAAUCACAUUUUUCAGAUUUGACAGUUGUCUUCUUAUCUUCCGUUGCCUCUUUACUGUAUCACUAUGCUUUCAGUUACCAAGGCUCAUCGUUGUAUCGCUGUAUUCAUAGAAUGAAUUAUAGUUUUCCUUGUGCUCAUACAGAACUGCAGCUAGUGAGACUAGCUAGAUACGAUCAUGUCUUUGAACAGCUUGAAAGAACAUCUGUACCAUUGAACAUCUCUCAAAAGCUUUUUCCGUGCUGAUUAAAAGAGAGGGGAAAUGUUUGUAACACUGUCUUAACAGUUUCUAUCAGUCAGGGUUUUUUGUUUUUUUUUCUGCAGGGAGUUGUACACGAGUUACAAUUUUGAUAAUUAAACAAUCUUUU